AUGGAUUUGGAUACUAUUCAAGCACACAACAGCCAUGUACAACUCUUACCAUCAAAACGACGAGCAGGAAGGAUCGCACAACUCGAUCAUAAUAAAUGGUAUCCAUCUCCCAACAACAAGCAUAAUUGCAGAGCUUCUCUCCUAAUACAAGAUAGGGUAUGGUCCGAAGACCAACUAAGGAAUUCAGCCAUCAAACCCGUCGCAAACCUAGGCACUGGAUUCAUGUAAGCUACUCGCUUCUCAAAUCUCUCACAGCCAAGUACUGUAACUGACAAAAAACCAGCGAGUACAAUCCCCCUCAAUUCAUCAUCGAUGCCCACAAAGAAGCACUAGAACAUGUGGAGUAUAAUCAAUAUGGUCCUCAAUCCGUACGUCUAUUCUCUAAAGAAGAGUGGGACUGGAACUUCAAGUAA